CUUGUCGUAUUAAUAUAAUUUACAUGAUUUUCGGCUUAAAUUAAAUGUGGAUUCACAAAUGAAUUCCUCAUCAAUUUUAAAUUUGUUUGAAACAUUGCAUGAAAGUGAUUUUUGAGCAUUUUCAGAUUUAUUUCUGGACAUUUUGGUUAGCUGUAACUAUCUUGGUGCUUCUGGUGUGUUUAGGCAUUCUGGAUAGGCUUAGGUUGCUUCAAUUCGUUCUAGACACUUGUGCAUUUUAAGGUUUUUCAAGUAUCUAUGAUUGUUUUUGGAUACCAUGGGAUCUGGCUUCAUUUGGGCGUUUCAAGUAGGGGGAUUUCUGAGUAUUCUGAGGAAUUUGGUAUGUUUUUUGGUCAUUUUGAGAAUUCUAAUCAUGGUCUUCGGGGUUAUUUAGUUGUGUUUUUAAAUGUUCCAGUCAUCAAUUCAAAUUUUUGUGCAGUUCUGUUAACUGUGCAAGUUCCUGCAUGUUUUGAUAUAUUUUUAACAAAUAUGUGGAGUAAAUUGAUUAAGUUUGUAGUACAAUAUCUUUUAAAUCUAUUUUGCUCCAAAUUGGAGGAAUUGAGGAUUCUGGAUAUUUUUAAGUCUUUUGGUACUUAAGUGCAUUUUUGCACUUUUUAAAUAACUAAGCAUGUUCCUAGAUGUUCUUGUACCUUUUUAACUAGUAUUACUAGGUAAAUUGACAGUGCAUUUUUAUUUCAGUUUUUUUUUUUAUUUGAGAGGAAAGUAGAGGAAUGGAGAAUCAUGUAGAAGAAGAAUGGUAGGAUACAUGUAUAUGUGGGGACUAAAAUGGAAGUCUUUCCCUUUAAAAUAUGUGCUUAUGCAAUGUGUUUAUUCCUAACAUAAAUUUUUGUAUUUUUGCAAUGUAUUUAUCAAUGAAAUCAUUUUAAGAGUUAAAUACUGUUGGAAUAAUUGAAGUGUAAAUGGCAUAUAAGUUUUUUUGGAAAAUAUUAAAAAUAAUAUUUAAAAAUUUUCUGAUUUCAUUAUUUUUACUAUAUUCUGGAACUUUAUGUUCUUUUUUUUUAAUAAAUUAAUCUAGCCUAAAAAAUUUUAAAUCAAACUUUAAAUUGAUUAUCAUCGCCCCCACGAAGUUAAAUACUUCGCUACUGAUCCUUAAAAUUGCCCCCUUAAUUUUUAUCACUAAUGCCAGUGUUGGGUGCUUUCUAGAGACCGCACUUUAUAAAUGGACUGAGAAUCGGAAGUACUGAAUGGUUAAAAAGAAAAGCAAAAGCCGCAAAGCAUACAUGUAUAUGUGUGUGUGUGGUUAUAUAUUUAUGCAUAUGUGUUUGUGAUUAACUGAUACUGACUUUGGCUGAUGGGGGAAAAGAUGGGCAUCUGGUUCUUCUGACUUUCUCUGUAUUAAUUAUCAUCUGUGACUCUUGAUGGACAAAAAGAUGAACAUAAUACCAAAAGCAGAGAUAUAGAUGAUAUAAUGAGUUGGAUUUUUCUGUAAUUAAAGUGAGUAAGAAAAAGAAUAAUGUAUGGAAAUGUUUGGGUUUAUAUAUGGAUUGAUAACCCACCAUUUGUGAUGAUAGAUGUAAGCUUUUUAUAUGUAAAUAAACAUUCUUCUCAUACAUCCACCAAUCUCAUUGGCGUACAUUAGAGAAUCUUAUUAAUCUAUAAUGGAGAGCCGAAGUAUGUGCAAGUAUUGCAGACAACGAUUGCAGCUAGUGACUACAAAAACCAACAACACAAUAAUUCGAUGCCCUGGUUGCAAUCAAACCAAUACAAUUAUACCCUCUGUGUCUACUCCUCCCUCAACUUUGAUCAGAUCAUUACCACCACCGGCAGGUGCCAAGACUGUGACUUGCACCAUCGACAGAUUUUGUGGUCAUAAACUGAAACAGAAGCUCUCUGCAACUACUGUCUCUCUCAAUUGUAACCCAUCGCCUCUCUUGAAUCGAUCUCGUACACCACCUGGUCGACCAAGAAAGCGAGCUCUGCUUAUUGGAGUGAGUUACAAGAAGUUCAAGUACAAGCUUAAGGGAACCCUAAACGAUGUUGCCAACAUGAGAGAUUUCUUGAUCAAUAACCUCUCUUUUCAACAAAACAAUGUUCUUGUCCUCACUGAAGAGGAGACAGAUUCAAGUCUAAUUCCAAAAAAGAAGAACAUAGAGAUCGCGUUGCAAUGGCUUGUGGAGGACUGUGAGUCUGGUGACUCACUGGUGUUUUACUUCUCCGGACAUGGGUUGCGACAGCCUGAUUUGCGAAAGGAUGAGCGUGAUGGGUUUGACGAAACAAUUUGUCCCACUGAUUUUAUGAAAGAAGGAAUGAUUCUCGACAAUGAUAUCCACUCCGUCAUCGUCUCUCCCCUCAAAGAAGGUGUUAAGCUUCAUUCCAUUGUUGAUGCAUGUCACAGUGGAACCAUUCUUGAUCUCCCGUAUGUAUACAACUCACAUCUGAAGAAGUGGGAAGAUAACAGUCCUCCCUCUGGCAUCUGGAAAAACACCAGAGGUGGAUGGGUCAUUUCAAUCAGUGCUUGUGAAGAUGAUCAAGAGGCUGCUGAUACCACCGUAAGUAAUAUACAUGCAAUUAUGUGUGUGUGUGUGUGUGUGUGUGUAUACUCUUUUUGCUUAUUUUGUUUUUCAACAUACAAUUGAAGUUUUAUUUUUUUGCUGUAAGGCUUCACAAAAAUAC